AUGGCAACUCCACAGUUUGUAUGCGCAAACUGGAGCGCCGACAACACUGGCUGCAAGAAAUUCGGCAAGUACACUUGCAAAGGCUGUCAUCUCGUCGUGUACUGUGGUUCGGACUGCCAAAAAUCCCACUGGGCCCUGCACAAAAUAGACUGCAAAUCGCCUCUGGGCAAUGAAACCUGGCGUCCUAGCUGGGCUCUGGAGAACCGAAAGCCAGCUUUUUUGGAGACUGGCAAUAGAAAUAUCAUACCCUCGUUUGCCGACGAGAAGCGUCUUUGGGGAAAUAUUCCCGCCAUCGACGUGCUUAAGCUUGAGUCAAACGAAGGUGUUGAUUAUGGAAAGCAGAUAGACCUCUUAUUUGCCGUUUCUGGGGAUCUUCGAAAUGUUGUCAAGACCAUUGCUCAGAUCCCUGCUAGCUACAACAAGCUCAUCGUAGUUAUCAUCAACGACGAUGAUCUUGAUGUGAUGGCACGCAACGUCAUCAUACUCCUUAUUGCCCUCGUGUCUGACAACAUCGAUGAGGCGGUGGACUGCAUAAUCCACGUCUGGUACUCGGCUCUCAUCCGCAAGUCUGAUCUCGACAUGAUUCAGCAAAAGAUCUUGCCUCUUGUCCAAGGCAUUAUUGAAAAGGUCAAGGACAAAGAUUCUCAUAGCCUCUUGGGGAAGACAUGGAGAUUCGGAAAACGGUCCCUGAGGCUUGUGCUGCAAAAGUCACAAUGGGCUCGCCUUUUGACCUACAUGAAGACUCCAGAAGGCCUAACAGCAGAACGAGCAAGCCGUAUUCGCACGGCUGUUACCCUUGCCGAAUCUAAGAAGGAUUCCCUGGAUCGACAUCUGACUUUUCAGUCGCCUGCCCGCCGAAUUGCGAAGCAUCGAUUUCGGCAAGACGGACUCCUUUUGCCAUUCGGGGCUCCGCGCCAUGAGUUCCAGGAGCCGAAUCCGACACUAUUCCACGUUACUGAUUCCUGGCCGAUGAAUGAGUGCGCCGAUCCUCUCCACGGAUGGUCCUUGAAGGACGUCGAAGACAGCUCAAGCGGGCCUGCGACUGCUGAUAUCUACGGCAAACUCUUCAACCACAUUCGCACCACACUCCGAGCCUUUCUGAUCCGUCUUUCAGACUCGCAAAUGGCUUUUCGACUGUUCUGUAUGGGGUUUGGUGAGAUUUACACCAUUCUUGAGUGCAAUACAUUCAAUCGAAUCGAGGUCUCCAAUGUGGCAGACAAUCUCCUUGCUGGAAUACACCACACAGCUUCAGCGAUGGGUCCCUUACUUCAGUGCCCUCGAGCCAACCCGCAUGCGACUCUCAUCACUCUGUUCAGGAACGCCAUUACAGAGACUAUGACUAUGCAGGACCGAAUGAUGGACAUGUACACACGCCGCCCGGAGACGAAGCUCAUACGUGAAUAUAUCUCGCACAUAGGAGCAAAAUCUUUUCAUCAUCCCCUGCUUGAUCACAGACCACUCAUGUGGACGUACGCUCAGGCAAACGUUGCGGCCUAUGAUCCCAUUUUGAUCGGUUCAUGGAGAACUUCCGGUUCUCGCAGGUUGAAGCUCCGAUACGACCAACCAGGAACCCUGGAGGAGCUAAUCAGUCUCAAUAACGAAAUCGUGUUCGCAAAGGAGCGCUACGUGGAGUGGCGCAGACGUUAG